CAGCAGAAAGUCCAGGCGAGGCCUCCACCCUCCCGCCUGCUGUGGCCGCCCCUUGCCCUCCAUUUCCAGGAUGCCAGCUCCCCGCUUGGUCUGAGGGCCGGUCCUCCCGCCCCACCCCCUGCUGCCCUUUGAGCUCCAGCAGGUUUCCCUCUACCAGUAUAAGCUGGCACCUUUCCUGCUGUUUGUAGCCUUAUCCGGUGGCCUGGGGGUCUCCUGGGCAAGUCUGGAAGCCACGAGGCCGGCUCCCUCUCCACUCUGCUACCCUCGCCUCACCUCAGCGGCUCCAGCGGCCCCUCCAGCAAAGCCCCCAGCAGCCAGAUUCCCCAGGGUUGUUCCUCUCUGGUGCUUCUAGUCCUCAGGAGCGUCACCGUGACCUCCUGCUACCAGGGGCGUGGGCGCUGCCUUCACCUUCCGCCUUCUACUGUGGGCUCAAUUAGCAGCAUUACCAUCCUGCCAUCAUUCAGUCACUCAGUCCACAAGCAUCUCUUAAAACACCUGCUGUGUGCCAGGCACUGUGCUGAGCUCUGGAGAUGCAAGGCCAGGCAAAAACAGGCCCUGCCCUCAAGGAGCUCACAGUCUAGUGGGAGCAACACCAUGUAAACCAGCUACCUGCAAGAUAUAUACCGAAUAGGUGGAAGAUAGUUUCAGAUAAUAGCUAGCACGGGCAACCAGAACAGGCCUCCACUUGUUUUCAUUCAUUCUUUCAUUCAUUCAUUCAUUCAUUCAUUCAUUCAUUCAUUCAUUCAUUCUCCUCCUCCCCUGCCCUGGCUUGUGGCCACCUCCAAGUCCUGAGGCAGUCUCAGCCGGCUGAGUUCCCAUACCUGACUUAGUGGGCUCCUAAUUGACAAAUAGCCUUCUUAAAUCAGUCUUUCCUGUGCUCAUCUACUCGGUUAUGCAGAGGGCUUGGGGUAAACUGAAAGCUCUCUAGCUGUGAGUGAUUUCUAGGGCUGGACUCCCAGGCUGGCUGAGUAGGCAAGGACCUGACCUGAGCUAGCCCAACUCCCUCUUGGAAGUGACCAGCAGAGAAGGAAAAUGACCUGGCCAAGGUCACGCAGCCUGCUCAGUUCCAGUCCUGUAUGCCAACCCUUAGGACCAGCCAGUGUACACCACUAGGGACUUCCCUGCCUCCAGCCUCCCUGAGAGCCCCGUUGGACGGUCAUUGAUUAAAGCACCUGUCUGAUGCCCAGCGUCUCGCCAUGUGCUGGAAACCCCAAGACGAACCCUGAGUUGGUUCUGCCUUGGACUUUGGCCGGAUGGCCAGGGCAGCGGAGGAAUGCACACUGGGUGCCGGCAGGCGAGGCAGGGGGAGCAGCCUUCGCAGAGGAAGGUCGGAAGCAGGAGGGUGGCCCUUGGGAGGGGCGGGGAUGGGAGACGCGCCUGCACAGGGGGCUUUCAGCGUGCAUCUUAGGCCGGAGGCAGCACGGGGCCGACCUGGCCUUCAGGAAGGUCACCGUGGCUGCCGUGAGAGGAGGGAUUGGAAGGGGCAGCACCCGCCGGGAGGCGGGCCGAGGGACCGCUGCAGCCCAGAACCCCGGUGCCGGAGGGGACCCGACGCGGAAUGGGGUGGACUCAGCGCCUGGCCGGACAGGAAGGAGGGGACGCAGGGACCGGAGGACGACCCUGAGGCUCUGCCUGGCUAUCCUUGGAGCAAACGAUGGCCAGCGAGGCAGACUGAUGGCCCAACUGGGAGACCUCCGUGGGACCACCGAUGGCCAUGCCCAGCCUUUACCCAGGUCGCUUGCCCUGUCUGAUGCUGGAUUUGAACCCAGGUCUCCCAGACUCGGAGUGGAGCCUUCAGCAGGACAGGCUGUGUCUCAGAGCGGGAUGAGAUAAGGACGAGUAGCCGACCCAGAGAACCGUGACUGCCCCCGGGGGAGGGGGCAGGGAGGGCCCCUCGGACGCCCCAGGGCGUCCGUGCCCUGGCCGCAGCGCCCCCUCCCCAUCAGCGCAGGCUCCCCGCGGAGCUGCGGCUCCGCAGAAAUACCUGGGGGCGGGGGAGCACAGCCGGCUCGGCUGUCAGGCAGCCUGGAUUUCUAUUGGCUGGGACGCUGUCUCCAGGCCCUCAGCCGGCCAAUGAGCGGCAGACCCAUGGAUUCCAGCUGCAUCUUCCUCUUCCCCCCUCCCUCCCUUUGCUGGGGCCGCCAGAGGCAGACAUUGAUGAUGGGUGGUUAAGGCUGGGGGUGUCUGGACCUAAGCCUCAGGAAAAUCCUUCCAGUAACUACAGAGAAGAGCUUGGAGUUGAGGAUGGGAGACCGAUUAGAAAGUGAUGGCAUGGUGAGGAGAGGGGGACUCAUCUGUCGGGGGUGAGCCCUGGACUGGAAGGCUCCCCCAAGUGCCUCCUGAAGCUAAAGAGCCCUUUGGAAACCCAACAGUCAGGCAAUCAACUUGGCUCUGUUGGUCAGCCCAGCCCCGCUGCUCUGGAAUGGGUGAAGUUCAGGGCUGUUAAGAGCUGUGACUUCACUCUCUGCUCUUGUCACUCAAGAAACCUCCAUCAGCUGCUUAAGGAAACCUGUCCCUUUAGCAAGGAACAGAGCCUCGAUGGUCAGGAGGUGGCGUGAAUGCAUUGGGCCUCCUUCCCUGCCUGGCCGCUGCCUAGCCCACCCUCUGAGUAGACUGUUACAUUUUGGCCCCCAAAGAGGUGGACUCUUAACCCUUUGCUUCGAUAGGACCAGGCAGGCUGCUGCCUUCCCCCUGACGCGGAGGCUUUGCCUUGGGCA